AUGGCCGAGCGACCGCCGAACGACGCGUCGCGCAUCGCCUCCGUCGCGACGAGCCUCUUCGCCCACGCCGCCGCCAAAGGUGGGCAGGAAGGCCUCGACCGGGAGAAGGUGAACAACAUCAUCUUCGAGCUCAGCGGGUCGAGCUCCUACACGAAGGAGAAGCUCGAGCACCGCGGCGACGCGGAGAAGUGGGUCGCGGCCGCGCGGCGAAAGCUCGAGACGUUCGACGGCACGAAGCGCUCCGUCGCCGCGCACCACCUGCGGAAGCGCGAGGCGGCGCUCGAGGCGACGCGGCGGGCCAUGGACGCGGCGGGGACCGUGUGCUGCGUCGUCGACUUCGACAUGUUCUACGCGGCCGUGGAGCUCCGGGACCGGCCGGAGCUGAAGGACAAGCCGGUGGCGGUGGGCGGGCCCGGCAUGAUCACGACGGCCAACUACGUCGCGCGCAAAUGGGGCGUGCGGUCCGCGAUGCCGGGCUUCAUCGGCCAGGAGCUCUGCCGCCGCGGGCCCGAGUUCGGCAUGCCCCGCGCGGAGCUCGUCUUCGUGCGCCCGGACUUUGAGAAAUAUACGGCGGUGUCCAAGGUCGCGCGGAAAAUCUUCGCCGAGUACGACCCGCACCUCGCCUGCUACUCCCUCGACGAGGCCUACCUGGACCUGACG